UCGCGAUACUAACAGUUGACACGUGAUUGUAGACGGCGCUGUUGAACCACGUGUUUGCGGUGCGUGGCAUUCUGGGAAACAAACAGUGGUACGCUAGCAGGAGCCUCAGCGGUGUUUUAUUGCGUCUCUGUUGCGUGUCGGACUCGUGGAUGUAUUUUAUAACCAGCACGUAUUUCCUUCGUGUGUUUUUAUUGACUGCGUGGCGCACCGACGGCGCCGCGGCGGAACCCGAGCGGAAUGAUGGAUCACAGCAGCAGGACUUUGGACCCGAACACCAGCCCUGCGGCACACUGAUUUGUUUUUUUUUUUCUUUGUUUUUUUUUCUUUUUUUGGGGCGUGAAAGUUGAGGGAUUGAUUUGUUACCUUUAAAAAACGCCCCCUGAUGGAUUAAAGUCUGUUUAGGUCCGAGGAUCGAACUGUGCAUUUUCUCUCUGUUUUUUAUUUUAGGGACAUGGUGGAGGCAGAAGACGCGCUCGGUGGGCGUCACGUUAACGUGUGCGUUACCGCGUUGGUGACUGAACCGCAGCCCGAGUCUUUGGACCGGGAAUGAAGGCGGGACACGUAAGAAAAUUUCUCGCUACGAGCUGCUGAUCAGGAGCGAGUCGUGCGCUGGUUCACGACGCCGUUAUUAUUAUCAGUAGCGGUGCACUUUAUUUUCCUCCGAUCAUGUGGAGUUUUGCGUCGGCAGCGCUGCAGCUUCUGCUGAAAUCGGUGAAGCACGCUGCGGGGAGAGGACACAUCCAGCUGAGCCGGUGGCUGCAGCGGCCGCCGGACUCGUCGGACUGCGAGAAGAUGGACCUGCUGAUGUGUAGCGCGUUCGAGGAGCGAGGCGGCGUGUGCAGGAUGGACGUGCUGACGCCGGGCGCCGGCGAGCCCGCGGCUCCCUUCUCCCCAGCGGACCCGCGUAGUCCGUGCUGCGUCGCGACCUGCUGCGUCAAGAGCGCGCUGCUGGCGUGCGUCCUGACCGCCGCCUGCUUCUUCUCUGUCGCGCUCGUGCGCCGGCACCUGAAGGACGCGCUGCUCUGGCUGGAGAGUCUGGACGGCCUCAUGGGCGCGAUGCUGUUCAUCGUGGGCCUCAUCACGGUGUCGUUCCCGUGCGGCUGGGGUUACAUGGUGCUCAACGUGGCCGCGGGUUACCUGUACGGCCUCGUUCCCGGGGUGGGCCUGGUGAUGGUGGGCGUGCUGAUCGGCACCUCGGUGGCGCACGUGGCGUGCCGGAGGCUGCUCUCCGGGUGGGUGAUGAACCGCGUAGGGAACAACGAGCAGCUCAGUGCGGUCAUCCGCGUGGUCGAGGGAGGCAGCGGGCUGAAGGUGGUGGCUCUGGCCCGACUUACACCCAUCCCUUUCGGCCUUCAGAACGCCGUGUUUUCGAUCACUGACGUGUCCUUGCCAGACUACCUGGUGGCUUCAUCAGUGGGCCUGCUGCCCACCCAGCUCCUCAACUCCUACCUGGGCACCACGCUGCGCACCAUCGAGGACGUUAUAGCUGAGCAGAGCAUCAGCGGAUACUUUGUGUUCAGCUUACAGAUUUUUAUCAGCAUAGGGCUGAUGUUUUACGUCGUGCACCGGGCGCAGGUGGAGCUGAACGCCGCCAUCGCCGCGUGCCAGAUGGAGAUGAAGACGUCGCACAUGAACGGAAACGCUUCCAACCACCUAAGCUCCACGUACUGCAGCAAGCGGACGUCGGCCUCCGGGACGAUCAACAUCGUCUAAACCACGUCCCAAAGUGCACCGACACAACCCUUUCUCUAGAGGCGCAGUCCCGACAGGCUUGAGAUGAAAGGCAUCCGAGGCCAGGGAAACGCCCGGUCUGGUUCCCCCGAGAAGACGUUUGCUCGGGUUCUGGGAGUCCGUUAACUCCGAAAGUGGGACAGGAGGCCAGUAUUCUGUACUGCGAGACGAAAAAGAGCCUAAUAGUUUCUUUUAGGACUUUUUUUUUUUUUUUCGUUUCAAAAUGAUUAUUUUUUUAUAGAGUACGGAUUUAAAUUAGAAAUUUUAUACCCAUCUAGAACCAAUAUCCAGCACUGGAUUUAGAGAGAACACUACAGAGUAUUGUGCAAUGAAGAGACGGCUCCUGGUGUAAAUGCUAAAUAUUGUCACAUGCUUUUAAUAACACUUUUUUCAUUUGC